AAAUUCCCCACUUCGAUUUUCCCUUUUUCCUUCCUUCCUUCCUUCCGCGAGUUCCCGCGCCUCCCCCAAUGCCGACGACCGCCUACGAGCGCCGCCUGCUCGCCGCCGCCGACCUCGUCCUCGCCUCGGACCAUCACUCCCCGCUUCCCCGCCGCUCCUCCGCCGACCUCGGGGUCACGGUCCAACUCAAGCCGCACCAGCUCGACGGCGUCCACUGGCUCAUCCGCCGCUACCACCUCGGCGUCAACGUCCUGCUCGGCGAUGAGAUGGGACUUGGGAAGACCCUACAGGCAAUUUCUCUGUUGAGCUACCUCAAGAUCCAAUCCAUCACACCUGGACCAUUUCUGGUAUUAUGCCCUCUAAGUGUGACACAUGGAUGGUCAUCGGAAUUCGCUAGAUUUUGCCCUACGUUGAAAGUUAUCCAGUAUGCCGGUGACAAGGCGCAUCGUCGUGAUCUACGGAGAAUUAUGCAUGAAGGUGUCCAGAAAUCUUCAGCAUCAUCUAAUUCGAAUGAAUUACCAUUUGAUGUGAUGCUGACAAGCUAUGACAUAGCCUUAAUGGAUCAAGAUUUCCUUUCACAAAUUCCCUGGCUCUAUGUGGUUAUUGAUGAGGCCCAGCGUCUUAAAAAUCCAUCCAGUCUACUGUAUAAUGUGCUUAAAGAACAUUUUAUCAUGCCAAGGCGCCUACUACUAACAGGCACACCUAUCCAGAACAACCUUUCUGAACUAUGGGCGUUGAUGCACUUCUGCAUGCCUUCAGUUUUCGGCUCUCUGGAUGAAUUUCUUUCUACUUUCAAGGAAGCAGGGAAUCUGCUGGCAGGUAGUGAAGCUAAUAAAGCAAAUGGACACUUCAAGAACAUUAAACAUAUACUCAGAGCAUUUAUGCUGCGGCGAACAAAAGCUUUACUAACUCAGAGUGGAAUCCUUGAGCUUCCUCCAUUAACUGAGCUGACAGUGAUGGUACCUAUGGCACCCUUACAGAAGAAGCUAUACUUGUCAGUGUUGAGAAAAGAGCUGCAAACUCUUCUUUCAUUUAGUGGUGGAUCUUCUCGUCAUCAAUCUCUGCAAAACAUUGUAAUUCAACUUCGGAAAGCUUGCAGUCAUCCAUAUCUAUUCAGUGGCAUUGAGCCCGAGCCUUAUGAAGAAGGGGAGCAUUUAGUUCAGGCCAGUGGGAAGCUCAUUGUGCUAGAUCUCAUUCUUAAGAAGCUACACAGGUUAGGUCAUCGUGUACUGCUGUUUGCUCAGAUGACUCAUACACUGGACAUUCUCCAGGACUUCCUAGAACUGCGUAAUUACACGUACGAGCGUCUGGAUGGUUCAGUACGUGCUGAGGAACGGUUUGCGGCAAUUAGAAAAUUCAGCUCUCAACCUACCAAAGGUGUUGCGAGAGAUGACGAUAAUCCAAGUGGAGCUUUUGUUUUCAUGAUAUCAACUAGAGCAGGGGGUGUUGGGCUUAAUCUCAUUGGUGCUGAUACUGUUAUUUUUUACGAACAAGAUUGGAAUCCUCAAGCUGACAAACAGGCUUUGCAGCGUGCUCACCGCAUUGGGCAGCUAAACCAUGUAUUGUCAAUAAAUUUGGUAUCACAGCGCACAAUUGAAGAGGUCAUCAUGCGAAGAGCGGAGAGAAAACUUAAGCUUAGCCACAAUAUUUUUGGGGAUGAGGAUACAACUGAUGGGAAAGGGGAAGAUCUGCGAAAUGAAGCUAGUGACAUGCGCUCGAUUAUAUUUGGCUUACACCAAUUUGACCCUGCAGAUACAGCCACAGAAACAAUGAAUGAGGAGACACUCGCAAAGUUGGAAUCAAUGUCAGAAAAUGUUAUCAAGAUGCGUGCUCAUGAACCUUCAGAAAAGGAUGACCGAGCAUUUGAAAUCAAUCCAAAUUUGACUGACAGCAGUGCAGCUGUGAUUACGAGAACUUGCGAUUCUAUUAACAUUGAUCCUGGGAUUAAUGAAGCUGCAUAUCUAUCCUGGGUGGGAAAGUUUAAAGAGGCUUCACAUUCUAUUGAAAAUGUCACAGUUGAGCAAGAAAGACAAAGAUCGGCACCUGAAGAAAAGGUCUUGAAACGUGAAGCUAAUAAGAAAAAAGCUGAAGAGAAGAGAUUAGCAAAGUGGAAAACUUCAGGGUAUGAGACAUUAACGGUCAAAGAUCCUGAUGACAUACCAAAUCAGAAUAUUUCAGACUCAGGAUCUGUCCAGCUUGUUUACGGAGAUUGUACUAAUCCAUCAAAAGUUUGCCCUGGAAAGCCUGCCAUUAUAUUCAGUUGUGUAGAUAAUUCUGGGACAUGGGGACAUGGAGGAAUGUUUGAUGCUUUGGCCAGUCUCUCGACAUGCAUUCCAGAUGCUUAUCAUCGUGCUUGUGAAUUUGACGAUCUUCAUCUGGGGGAUCUUCACUUGAUUCAGCUAGAUGAAGCCAACUGUAGCCGAAGUUUGGAUGCACCUCUGUGCGUGGCACUAGCUGUUGUGCAGUCCUAUAGUCGGAAGCGUAAAAUUCCAAGAAGUGGAAUUUCAAUACCUGAUUUGGAGCUGUGUUUAUCGAAGGCUGCCUUCUCAGCUGCUCAGCGUUCUGCGAGUAUCCACAUGCCCCGGAUCGGUCAGCAAAGUGGCUCCCAACGAUCAGAGUGGUAUACCAUCGAGCGACUUCUCAGGAAGUACUCGUCGCUCCACGGCAUCGACAUUUUCGUGUACUACUUCCGGCGAUCGCCCAGCAGGGAACAGGCAGAUUCAGAUUGAUCCAAUGGGCACUCUAAUUAAGGAGUGAGGACCCUAACCGGGUCAGUAGAAGAAGCAAGUAGUAGCAGUAUGUUAUGUUAUGUGGCAUCUAAACGAUCAUAACGCGUUGGGCACAAACAUGCUGCCUGAAAGCAUUCAAAACUUAUAGAGUAGCCCACAAAGUUAAAAUACCAGACGCCAAGGCUACUACUUA